AUGUUGAAUAAUGAUAAAAUUGAGCAUCAAGACAAUGUUGAGGAAUGCACAACAAAUUUGAGUUGUCAUGUAAAGGACGUCCAAUAUUGGGCAGUACAUUGUCGAACAUUGAUAAGUUGCAACAAAAAAUUAAACGAUUGUUUAAGUAGUCAGGUAUUCGACGAUCAAAGGAUUGUUUUAGAAAAUACUCCAGUUUUUAUGACCAAUUUGACAUCGACAAGUCUCAAUAUAAUAAUUCUUACAUAUAUCUGCCAAAAAUUACACAAUGCAUGGGAUGGUCUAACUAAUUCACUCAUAAGAGUACAAAUCGGUUUACUAAAAAAUCCUGAUACUCCGGAGAUACGUGUUGUACGUGAUCUGGUGCGACUGAUGAGCCAGGAGCCGGUGCGGGCUUAUCUUCUAAACACACUACCCCUGUCAAUGCCACUAGUACCGGCCACUCUAUCCGUCAUCAUCACUCAUAUUAUUGUACUGCUACAAUUCUAUCACGUCUUGAAUUAG